GUUAGUUGGCGGGCCCUCGGUAGUGCGGGGAGCGGGCUGUUAAGAUCGGCGCAGGGCUAUGGCCGCUUCUCCGGUCUAUGGCGGCGGCAGUGCGGGAGCUGUCCACUCCUCUAACGCGUCUGGCUUCGCCUUCGACUCCGGACUAGAGAUCAGAACGCGCUCGGUGGAGCAGACGCUGCUGCCCCUGGUUUCUCAGAUUACCACACUUAUUAACCAUAAAGAUAAUAUCAAAAAGUCUGAUAAAACUUUGCAAGCAAUUCAGCGUGUGGGACAAGCUGUCAACUUGGCAGUUGGAAGAUUCGUUAAAGUAGGAGAAGCUAUAGCCAAUGAAAACUGGGAUUUGAAAGAAGAAAUUAAUGUUGCCUGCAUUGAAGCUAAGCAAGCAGGAGAAACAAUUGCAGCACUCACAGAUGGGACCAAGUUGAAUCAGCUGGAAUCGGAUGGCCAGAUCACAAUUUUGACAGACAAAACAGGAGUUGUGCAGGCCGCCAGGCUGCUGCUCUCCUCAGUGACAAAGGUGUUGCUGCUGGCCGACCGAGUAGUCAUCAAACAGAUUGUGACCUCAAGAAACAAGGUUCUUGCAACCAUGGAAAGGCUAGAGAAAGUAAACAGCUUUCAGGAGUUUGUUCAGAUAUUCAGCCAGUUUGGAAACGAAAUGGUGGAGUUUGCACAUCUAACGGGCGACAGACAAAAUGAUUUGAAAGAUGAAAAGAAAAAGGCCAGGAUGGCAGUGGCGAGGGCCGUGCUUGAGAAGGGCACAAUGAUGCUCCUCACAGCUUCAAAGACGUGUCUCAGGCAUCCCAGCUGUGACUCAGCCCAUAAAAACAAAGAAGGAGUGUUUAACCGGAUGAGAGUGGCCCUGGAUAAAGUCAUCGAGAUCGUGACUGAUUGCAAACCGAACGGAGAGACCGACAGCUCAUCCGUCAGCAUUUUUGCUGGGAUUAAAGAAUUGAAGUUGAAUAUAGAAGCUCUUCGGGAGAAUCUUUCCUUUGAGCCGAAGGAGAACCUCUCUGCUGCCCUGGAGGUCAUCUUGGAGCGUGUGGAGGACUUCACUGAUUCUGCCUACACCAGCCACGAGCACAGGGAACACAUCCUGGAGCUCUCUGCUCAGGCGAGAACCGAACUGCGGCAGUUCGUUUCCGUGUGGAUGCAAGCCCAAAGCAGGAAGACAAAGAGUGCUGCCGAGGAGCUGGAACUCUCUAUUCUGAAGAUCAGCCACAGCCUCAACGAGCUGAGGAAAGAACUUCACCGUACAGCCACGCAGCUGGCCGCUGACCUGUUAAAAUUCCAUGCCGAUCAUGUGGUUUUAAAAGCAUUAAAAGUUACUGGAGUAGAAGGAAAUUUGGAAGCUUUGGCUGAAUACGCCUGCAAACUGUCUGAGCAGAAAGAACAGCUUGUUGAGACGUGUCGAUUGUUGAGGCAUGUCUCCAGCACGGAACCCCUUGAAAUAACCUGCAUACACGCAGAGGAGACAUUUCAGGUGACUGGCCAACAGAUCAUUUCUGCCGCUGAAACACUGACGCUGCACCCGUCCAGCAAAAUCGCUAAGGAAAACCUGGAUGUGUUUUGUGAAGCUUGGGCAUCUCAGAUUAGUGACAUGGCAAUACUGCUAAGAGAAAUCAGUGACGCAUCUGAAGGAAGACGAGGGGAGAAGUAUGACCAGCUUUCACUUCCAAAGCCCGUGAAGAACAGUGCAAACCUGAAGUCCUUAAAGCCCGACAAAGCUGAUUCAGAGGAGCAAGCCAAGAUAGCCAAGCUCGGGCUGAAGCUGGGUCUGCUCACCUCCGAUGCCGACUGUGAGGUUGAGAAGUGGGAGGACCAAGACAACGAGAUCGUGCGACACGGCCGGAACAUGUCCAGGAUGGCCUACUCUCUGUAUUUAUUUACUAGAGGAGAGGGGCCACUGAAAACCUCCCAGGACUUAAUUCACUUCCUAGAGGUCUUUGCUGCAGAGGGAUUAAAGCUUACUUCAAGUGUACAGUCAUUUUCAAAACAGCUAAAAGAUGAUGACAAACUUAUGCUCCUCCUGGAAAUAAACAAGCUAAUUCCUCUGUGCCACCAGCUUCAGACAAUAACGAAGACGUCUCUGCAGAGUAAAGUGUUGCUAAAGGUCGACAAGUGUAUUACAAAGAUAAGGUCCAUGAUGGCUCUUGUGGUCCAGCUCCUCUCACUUUGCUAUAAGCUACUGAAGAAGAUGGAAAAUAGCAGAUGGGUCUCAGCGACAAAUAAAGAUAUCACAGAUGGGAACACUUGAGCAGGCCGGACUCAUCUCUGGAAUAGCAUGUGGUACAGCUGACCUUUUAAAAAAGCCAAUGAUCCUUUGUACUUGCAGAAAUCCAUUAGUUUUUAAAAGAGAAUGCUGAAAUCUUUUUUUUCUGAUCUUCAGAUUAGAAAGCUUACUGGCAGUCAUAUUGCUGUGGCAUUUGCUAAGAUUCUAAUGGCAACACAAU